UGCUAAAUAUCAAUGCGCAAAACUUGUUGUCCAGACUGUUCAUAAAAUGGCUACCGACACCGUUUCAUAAAACAUAAAAAACAAAAGCAAACAUGAUGGUGUAAACUUAUUGUAAGACAAUGUCUGGAUGCAUAGUUGCAAAGAAGAACACCAGCCCAAUCGAAUGGGAACUGUACUUUCUUAUUGAACGAUUUCUGUCGUCGGGGCCGUGCAAAAGUGCUGGAAAUGUUUUGAGGCGUGAACUGAUUGAACGUGGGCUUUUGCCAAAAAGGAUUGAUUGGAAUGGUGGAGAACAUGAAAGAAGCUAUGAAAGUUUGCUUGAGAUUAAUAGGCACAUUGGUGGUGACCAUCUUCUGAGAAUAUGCCAACGACUUGGACCUCUUCUGGAUGAGAAAAUCAAGCCCCACAUUCUGGGUAUUGGUUCACUUCUUGGGGCUGGGACACAAUCACUGCUGAGGACUGAACAAGAUAUAACCCAGACAGAAUGGCCCCCAAGCACACAUGUAACGCUGCAACAUGGGAGGCCAAAAUACCCACCACACAACAUGGUGGUGCCAAAUUGGUUGUACGUACAGCGGGGUAUGGAGAUGUCUGGUCAGUCCCAGUAUCAGCAUGUGGUGCCCACCUGCAUGUACGCAUGCAUGAGACGACUUAGUCGCAAACUGGGCCAUCUCUCUGCAGUCUACUGUGUCCUGUUUGAUAGGACGGGCGAGUUCCUCUUUACUGGUGCGGACGACAGUCUGGUAAAGGUGUGGUGGGUGACGGACAGUCGACUGAAGGCCACACUGAGAGGACAUGGUGCUGAGAUCACGGACAUGGCCAUCAACUUCGAGAACACGUUGCUGGCCUCGGGAAGCUGUGAUAGGACUAUACGAGUGUGGUGUUUGAAGUCAAAAGCACCGGCAGCCAUCUUGCAGGGUCAUACGGGCAUGAUUACGUCAGUACAGUUCUCACCAAUGGUUCAUGGAACCAGACGUUACCUAGCCUCGACCGGUGGAGAUGCCUGUGUCUGCUUCUGGGAGUGGAAUACUGAGGACAACAGCUUCAAUGUCCGCCCUGUGAAGUAUGUUGAGAAAUCCCGUGCAGGUGCUCAGGUAUUGUGCUCAUCAUUCAGCCCUGGAGGGAUGUUCUUUGCCGCCGGAAGCACAGACAAUGUGAUCCGGAUGUACCACUUCCACGCUGGAUAUCCGGAAAAAAUUGGGGAGCUUGAGAAACAUACAGAUCGGGUCGAUUCCAUAUGCUACGCCAACAAUGAUGCGAGAUUCCUUAGUGGAAGCAAAGAUGGCACAGCACGAAUAUGGAAGUUUGAACGCAAUGAGUGGAGAAAUAUUGUCUUGGACAUGAAUGUCAAACUUCCAAAAAAGCCCUCUGAAGAAGAUGAUGAGAAGAAGCGUAAGGCUCGCACUCGUAACCAUGACAACGGGACUGCCAUGCUCCAGAAACUGCGAGUAACCAUGGUAGGCUGGAACAGUGACGAUAACCUCGUGAUCACCGCAGUCAACGACCACUUGAUCAAAAUCUGGUGCUCGUACACUGGACAGCUGAUUCAUGAACUCAGGGGCCAUGAUGACGAGGUGUUUGUGUUGGAGGCAUGUGACUCUGACCCCAGAAUCCUGCUCAGUGCUGGCCAUGAUGGCAACAUCAUCAUCUGGGACAUCAUCAAGGGCAUACAAGUCAAGCAGUUCUUUAACCAGAUUGAAGGGCAGGGCCAUGGAGCCGUGUUUGACUGUAAGCUCUCCAAAGAUGGCUGCAGUUUCAUAGCUACCGACUCUCAUGGUCACCUGAUGGUGUACGGACACAGCGGCAGUGAGAAAUACUCCAAGAUUCCCCACGACGUGUUCUUCCACACGGACUACCGGCCGCUGAUGCGCGACUCCAACCACUACGUUCUGGAUGAGCAGACCCAGCAGGCCCCUCAUCUGAUGCCCCCGCCCUUUCUGGUGGACCUGGACGGGAACCCCUACCCGCCCGCCCUUCAGCGCCUGGUUCCCGGGCGAGAGGCGUGCAAGGAGGAGCAGCUCAUACCCGAGUUCCAUGUCAAUGAGGAAGGUGAGCAGGAGGUGGCGGGAGAUCGCGUCAUAGAACAGCCCGUAGAAGAUCCUCCAGCUGCAGCCCCCAAUGCGAUUGUAAAUGUCCCGGAGCCGGAUCCAGUGAGUGGCGAAAUUCAGCCGGGGAUCAGACCAAGCAUUGACGAGAUGAUAGAGCAGUUACAGCGAGAGCAGGACCAGCGUCUUGCAUCCCAGGGGCAGGCCCCUAUAGGCUCCCCUCCACACCCAGGGCCCCUUCCUCAACUGGGGUCUCCACGACCCAGGCCUGGACCUUCCAGGUCGAUUUCAGUUGCAGGCCCAAGCACUGGUGGAUCUCACAUGGUGGGUAUGAGACGAGUGGGGGAGACAGAGGGGGUGCGUCAGUCGCUAGGCAACAUCCUCCAGGUGUCCACGUCCAAGGAUCUGGCAGCCAUCCGUCGCAGGAUUGUUGUCAGGGACCUGGAUAGAGAGGUGUUAAGAAAAAGUGAGAACAUACGAAUCGCCUUAGCUGAGCAGGAGAUACGCAACUAUAACAUGGAGCGCCGAAAGAAGAACUUGGUAUUAAAACACGAGAGCUCCGAGGAGUCAGAAGAUUUUGGGAUCCAGACACGCAAGAAGAAGAAGACAACGAAGCACAGCUACACGACUCGGGCCAACGCUGACGAGGACGCAGCCACCAAUAGGCUCACCCAGAGGGCCCUUUAUGACACAGAAGAUGAAGAGAUUGAGGAAGGGGCAUUGUCAGACAAGUGGGAGGAAGAUAUGCUGGAUGACCCAGAUGACUCCAGUGACUACUCGGACUGGUGCAUGGACACGGGCCCCAAUCUCCAGCCGCCCAAACGUCGCUCAACCCGCAUGAGGAAACGCAAGCGCUUCACAUCCUCAGAGCCCGACACAGACGAGGAGGAGGAUGAAUCGGAAGACACAAUCAUCUCGGAGACCCAGACCACUAGUCAAGAGGGUAGCCAGGUCAGCAGACGAGAAGGGAGCUUGUCUCGUGGCAGGGAAGAGAGCCAACCUCGAGGGAAAGCCGUGAAAAAAACUGAGGCCCCAAGAAGAGCUGUUGGGAAGAAAAAAAGGGGACCGAAGAGAAAGCAGACGGCCCAGGAGGCAGCCAUGUUGCCUGGAAAAACUCCCGAACAAAUUCAGGAGCUGGUCACUCGCUUCCGGCCAUCAGACUGGCUCACUGAUGUUAUUCCUCGUAAGCAGCCAUACUUUCCACAAAUGGGAGAUGAGGUCAUAUAUUUCCGGCAAGGUCAUGAACUGUAUGUGAAAGCUGUUGAACGUCGGAAGAUUUACCCUAUCGAUGUUAACAAAGGACAGGCUUGGCACAAGAGCCCUAGUCUGAGGGAGCAGGAGCUGGCGAGGAUUGUGGGAAUACGAUACGAGGUGUUGAAGUGUGGAGUGCGACUGUGCUGUCUCAAACUAAACUUCAUUGACCCAGUGACCUUGAAAAACACAGGCGGGUCAUUUAACAUAAAGUACCAUGAUAUGACAGAUGUAGUGGACUUCUUGGUACUAAAACAGAACUACGACACUGCCAUGGACAGGAAAUGGGCUGCAGGUUGUCGUUUCCGCUCGAUAAUUGACGACUCUUGGUGGAUGGGGAUCAUUGAGGAGCAGAUACCCUUCCAGGAGGAGUAUCCAGACAGUCUCUUCCAGUGUUUCAAAGUCAGAUGGGACAGUACUGACAAAGAGUUCUUAAGCCCUUGGGACCUUGAACCAGUGGAUGAGAGACGAAGUCUAGACCUAGUCCCCGGUUCUAUUCACGACUUAAUCGGGAAAUUCAUUGAAUCUUGUUGCAAACUCUUCAACCAUCAUAAGCAGGACUAUUCUUUCAUUUCCGAUCUUUACAAACACGCCAAAGAUCCAGACAAUUUUGCCCUGUUUCAUAUAGCAUCUGACAGAAGACCCAGCAAGAGCCAAGCUCAGCUUGCUGCUUUCUUUCGGCAGGAGACUGCCAAAUAUCAGGUCCAUGUUACGCAUCAAACUGAUGAUGAAUGUAAACAGUUUGACAACAGGGCUGAAUGUCCUUACACGGACUUGGUUCCUUUGGAAACAGAGGCAGAAUUGUUGUCUGAAAAACGAAGGUCAUAUGCAAGGUCACGUAGAAAAGAUCAAAGUUAUCAGGUCAAAAGGGUCACAAGGUCAAAUGCAAAAGGUCAAAAACAGACACCUUGUAAAUCUGCUAAGACAAGUACUUCACAAUUCAGAAACCACCCUCUUUCUGUCUGUCACUUGCACAAGGUCAAGGCAAGGCCAAGGUUAUACAACCUGAACACGAAGUUGAAAUACGAACCUUGUCCUCCGUCAGUGAUAGGGGGAGGAGUGUUGGUGACCCCUAGUGAACUGAAGUCCCUUAUGUACAAGCCCCGCCCCAGUGAGUGGCCCGGGGGUCCUAUGGAUCAAGAAUGCGACAGGAUAGUCCAGGCCUGGGAACAGGUGAUGGGUCAUUCGAUUGCAGAACCUUUUCUCACGCCAGUGGACUUAAAUGCGUUUCCAAGUUAUGCUGUGACUAUAGAAUACCCCAUGGAUCUCAAUACAAUAAAACGACGACUUGAAAAUAGGUUUUACAGACGAGUGACGUCCCUUCAGUUUGAUCUCCGGUACAUCGAGUCCAAUGCCAAGAAGUUCAAUGAACCCAAGUCUCAGAUUGUGAAAAGUGCUCAAAUACUCUGUGAUGCCCUGCUCAAAUUCAUAAGUGAUGUGGACAGCCCUGACCCGUGUCAGCUGAUCAACAGCCUGGUGCACGGACGCAAGAUCCACUGGAGCUCUGGCAGCGGUGACGAGACAGAGGAGUAUGACACGCCAGGCACCUCCCAAGGCAAACACAGUCAGGACGAUGCUGGUCCUGGCACAUCAGGUGUGUCCAGACGGCGUCGUGUGUCUGGUCUCGGACUGGACCCGGACGGCUGGAGAAGAGAGUGCCGACAGCUGCUGGAGACCAUCACACAGUGUGAGGACUCAGAGCCCUUCAGGCAUGCUGUCAGCAUAGACGACUACCCAAACAAGAUAAAGAAGAAGGACUACUACGCAGUGAUAGAGAACCCCAUGGACCUGGGCAUUGUGCGUGAAAAACUGGACAGCGGAGAGUACUCGGAGCCUACGCAACUGGCGCGUGACAUGAGUCUCAUCUUCAGCAACUCAAAGCUCUACAAUACAAACAAGCGCUCGCGGAUCUACACGAUGACCCUGCGACUGUCUGCCAUGUUUGACUCGCGCAUCAAGGAGCUGAUUGAGACCUGGAGGAAGGCGGUGAAGAGGAGUGGACGCAAGUAUCAGCCCCAUCAAACAAACAGCGCUACUGGCAGCGGUCUAUCCCACAGCCGCCAAUCAAGAGGUUCACAUGCUAUUGGUGGUUACUCGGCUCUGGCAAAUGGAAUCUCUCACAGCGACGAUGAUGACUCUGAUGUCAAUGUUAUUGCACAUUCACCGGAAAAAGGAGCCAGAACGAAUGGCAGCCGUAAAAGGCCCAUGAGAGUGCGUAGAGCAGUACGUCGCCAUGCUGACUACAGGUUCAGUGACGGGGAGAAUCCAGACUUUCCUGAUCCAAAACCAGACUACACGGACGAUGACUUUGAAGUUGAGCCAAAGAGAAAUUCCCCCAAGAAGAAAGGUGCGAGAAAACGAUUGACAUCAGAUCAAGGUGCAGAUGAGACUUCUCAGUCUGGCUACUCUACAAGGGCCCGGACAGGAACCAUCAAGAUGAAGAAAUACACCAAUGAAGGAUUCAUGUCUGAUGAGGAAGAUGAGGAUAAUGAAUCUGUGAUAUCUGACAGGGCAAAACACUCACGAUCUCAGAAACCAACAUGCUCAAACAAACAGGCAGUGACCAUUGCUCAGGAAUCUAGUGGUAGUGAUACUGAGAUAGAAGAUGUACGCACUGCAGUUACCUCAAAACAGUUUUCUCAAAGUGGUAGAGAAGAUAUUGAUGAUGUGGAGGAUGAUGAUGAGGAGGAUAGUGAAUCAGUAGAGUCUAGUGAAUCUGAGGAGAGUGACUCUAAACCUGUGGCCAGAAAAGGUAGACCUGGUAGGAAAAAGGGCAAGCAGGCAAAGGGAAGGUACGUGAAAAACAAGAAGAAAGUUGCUCAAAAUGGACAAAAAGGGGGACGAGGUGGCAGGACAGCCAGAGAUUACAAGAAUUCUGAAUCUGAACAAUCUGACAUUGAACAGACGCAGUCUGAUUCAGAGAUUUCCAUAGUUUCUGAGGAAGGUUGGGAGUCGGACAGUGAUCCUCACGAGACAGUGCCAAGAACUAGAGGUUCAAAGGUGCCCCCUCAGAGACGAGUGAGCUCAGAAGACAGUGAGAACAGUGACUCUGGUCCCCCAAGAAAACGGUCUCGCGUGAAACCGUCUUCUGCCAACUAUGCAUCGAAAAACGGGUCUAGGGGAGGUGGUCGCAGCACAAGAAAUCAGGGAAAGCAGACUGUGAAGUACAAUGAAGAAAGUGGUAAUUCAGACAGUGAUGCUGGUACUACUUCUGCUGUGACUGUUAGUAGCAGAGGUCGCUUGCGCAAGCCAACAGCAAGGGCGCGGGCAAUGCUUUAUUAAUUGACAAUCUUAUAAUCAGAAUUAUCAGCUGCAUUUUUAACAAUACCCCUCCCCAUUUUUGCUCUGUGGUCCUGGAAAUAAAUAUGAUUUUUGUUUUGAUUUCUGGAUAAAGAAGAAUGUUUUAUAGAUGAAUUUAGCCUGUUUGGCAUAUUUUGUGUUCAUAUUAACCAUUAUUUUAGAAAAAAAUCGCUAAAUGGUUUUGUUAUCAUCAUAUAUAUAUAUAUUCUUUGUCAGCAAUUUUUGAAGCUUUCUACAUUUUUUUAAUUAUUUAUUGCAUUUACAUUGUUAAUAAUUUACUCAUUAUUUUACAUAUUGCUUAAACAUAAAGGGUUGUUUCUUAAUCUGGCCAUCCAUAAAUCACAAUUUUGAAGGUAUGCAGUGAAAGAAAACGUUUUUGUUCCUUAUUUUAACUGCCCUGUAUGGUUAGUGCUGUUUUUCUAAAUUGACUGAUUUGUAAUUCGUUACCUUCAAAAUGGAAAUUUGACUUAUUUCUUUAAUUUUAACAUUAAAGUUUCUAUGCAACAACACAGUUUUUGGUAAAAAAUAACAUUUUGCAACAAAAGAAAAAAUACUGCUAAAUGUUUUCAACUUACUUCAUAUUUUUAAAAUGUAACUGGCACACCUUUUGGUUUCUUGUGAACAAUGAACAAAUUCAUAAUAACUAUCAACCAGUAACACAAAAUUUUAUUGAAAACACUGUUUACCUGAAAUUCCAGUUUUGUAUGCGUAUUCAUUAUUUGCUUGGAGGUAAUGUAUCAUUAGUAAUAGAUUGGUCAUUUAAAUCCAGCCAAUAGAAUAUAGAAUGUUUAUGUUUGUUACCUAGUCGUUGGCCAAGCCAAAAUUUUGAACUGUUACAUUUGUUUAAUGAUUUGUAAUGUUGUUUAACAACAGUUUCACAUCUAUCCUUGAUCAAAAACACAACCAUACUUGUCAAAUUAUAAAACAUUGUUUUCGAUAUGAAUAAAACAGUGAAUUAAA